AUGGCAAGCAGGCUUUGUGACCGUUGUUCUGCUCUCGGCCUCAGUGUUGAGAAGUUCCUGGUCCAGCCGGACGGACCAUCGGACAACAGCAUAUCGGUCCGGUCCCUGCAGCUGGCAAACGAGCGAUAUUUCGUCGGCUCACUGGGACAGAUCAAAGAUAACAAAGCCGCUUGUAAGCUGUGCGCUCUUCUUUCGCAUGCUGUGCCCGAUCCCGCGCCCCCCGAAACCGACGACGCGAAAUGCCAUCUCUUCUGGGAGAUGGACGGCCGCACAUCCGUGGAAAAUGUCAAGGACGGAAGGCGCACCCGUCGUCUGAGAAUCUGCUGGAGCCACCGGGACCUCAAGCGCUUCGAGUCUCACUUGGUCCUCGCAGCGCCACCGCGCUACGACAGCUCUGAUGUUAAUUACCGGGGCCUCUUGAACAGCGAAACCGAGUUUCGCGGAAGACGGGUUGGCGGCGUACCAAACAAGCAGAACCUGAUCCGUGAGCUCUUGAGGCUCUGUGAAAAGAAGCACGACGAUCGCUGCACAAAAAAGCUGGGCAUUGAGGAUGACUUCUACACGACUCUGACGGAACCAUACUUCGGCGUUAUCGACAUCGAGUAUGGCAAUCUUGUUCCUCUCCCAUUCGAGGAGAAGGACGAUCAGCUCGAAUUCGAGUCGUAUGCAACCGUGAGCUACGUCUGGGGCGAGACUGGCAGCCGCGAACACACUACGAGGAUGGGAAACAUCCAGAGCCGACGCAAGUCUGGUGGCCUGGCCUCAGUCAUCGAGACGCUCCCCAGGGCCCUUCAGCAGGGUAUCCGGUUAGUCCACGACCUGGGCAUUCGGUAUAUUUGGAUCGACGCCUUGUGCAUCGUCCAAGACAGCAGUCACUCCUGGAACCUCAAUGCGCGUGCCAUGCAUUUGAUCUACGGAAAUUCCAUCUUCACCCUCUCUAUCGCAGAUGAUCCAGACGCUACAACUGGCCUUCUCGCCCUGGAUAAGGACCGCCAGCCGAAGCAGUGGAUCGAAGAAUGUGCCGACGGUCUUCACUUACUGCUCCAUCACCCACCAGAGGCGAGCAUCGAGGCAUCUCGAUGGAACAAACGAGCCUGGACGUUCCAAGAGCGCUUACUUUCCAAACGUUGCCUGAUCUUCACAGGUGGCCGCAUCUACUUUCAGUGUCGCUCGACGGUCGUGUCAGAAGAUAUCUUCGCUGACCACGAUGGUGCAGGUUGGUCUUUGGAUCUGGUACGCUCUCCACUCCAGAUGUUGUCCCAGCUCAAUAUUAGAGCCCUCUGGUUCUACACCCAUUGCGUCUCUCUAUAUACCCUUCGAGAGCUUCAUGAGCCGUUCGACAUCCUCUCAGCGUUUAGUGGCAUGUGCAAGCUCAUGGAGUCCACCAUGCACUCGCCGUUCAUUUUUGGUCUUCCUACGUCUCACUUCGACUUCGCUCUCCUAUGGCAGCCCAUUGGCCGUUCAUUGAGACUCAGCAAGCCAAAGCGCUCGGAUGAUCCGAAGUAUAAGGAUAUGAAGCUUCCAAGCUGGUCAUGGUGCGGUUGGGAAAACGAGGGGAUUGAAUACGUUCCGGAAAUGGUUGAAGGUUGUCUUCCUGAUGUCGGUGCAUGGCUUUUGGACCACACGUGGAUCGACUGGCACAUAAGGGACGGCUAUGGAACCCUUCGUCGUGUUUGGGACAGAACAAGGGCUGAAGGAGAUGAAAGUACGAAUAUAAGGUGGAGAGGUUACAAGGUUACCGGCAGGGAGGCGUCACCGGACAAUUCUGACCGUAGUUCGUCGGCGUCCCUUUUGCCUUUUCGAGCCAAAGGACAAUCUUCACGCACCCAGUAUUACCGAACAUCCACCAACACUGUUCCGGCCCCCAAAAGUACUUCACGGAAAGGUCGCCAAAGAAGGAGUACGCGAACGACACCAAGGCAGAAAUCUGAUAGCGGCUCUUCGGACUCGGACGAUAAGAGUGGAGGAGAUCUCGGAAGCGAUCCUUACGGCCGCCUGCGCCAGGAAGGUGCAAUGUCUGACAGUUUGGGCAAGCCGCGAGAGGAUUUCACCUUGACUCUACCGGAGGAUCCAUACCACGUGCGCAAGACCUCCGAGAGGUACAUGGCUGGCUCCGUUCAAGAGUUUCCCGAUCAGAUCUUCUUACAAUUCUUCACCUGGCGGGCGUCGUUCCAUGUCGUGCCCGCCACAGCUAACUCUGGGGAUCAAGUCGAUGGCGGCGACGUCGGAUCGGGGUUGCGCCGCUGCCACAUCAUGGAUCAGCGCGGAGACAAGUGUGGAUCCAUUGUUGUCGACGAAAAGUGGCUCGAAAGGCACCAGAAGAGGGAGCCCAUCGAGGACGACUUGCCAAACGGCUUGGCUGAAAAGGCUGACGAGGUUGACAACACAGACAAGACGGAGAGGACUGAAUUCGAGUUUAUUGCCAUCUCCGAGGCCAAGGCUUUUACCAAGGAAGAGUUCCCAGACUGGACGUACUACAUUCCCAAAGAGAGGGUGGAGUCGGAUUGGGAUUUGUUCUUUGUGCUCCUGGUUGAACACCUCCCCAUGGGAGGCUUUUACGAGCGCGUAGCUCUGGGCAAGGUCUUCAAGGCGGCAUUCAGUCUGUCGGAUGAUGAGUGGAGGGAGAUUAUACUUGGGUGA